AUGAACCAGGAUGGAACAGUCGACGACUCAGUGGUAGAUGAACCAGAUGGAACAGUGGACGACUCAGUGGUAGACGAACCAGAUGGAGUGGUAGAUGGGGUCGUCGAUGAUGAACCAGAUGGAACAGUCGAUGACUCAGUGGUAGAUGAACCAGAUGGAGUGGUAGAUGCAGUGGUUGAAGAUGAGCCAGACUUAGUCGUUGAGGUGGAUCCGGAUGGUUUAAUAGUUGGCGGUGCUGAAGAAGAACCAGAUGGAGUGGUGGAUGGAACGGUCGAUGAUGAGCCAGAUGGAGCAGUCGAAGACUUGGUAGUGGAUGAUCCAGAUGGAGUAGUCGAUGACUUAGUGGUGGAUGAUCCAGAUGGA